AUGGACAUCGCAAUGGAUCGGAGCGGAACGGAUGCCGGUGUUGCCACUAUUGGCUCACUGUUUCAGCACAUCGUCAACGAGAUGAAGAACUCGAGCCCACUGUGGGAAGACUUCAUUGCCAAAGCAACAAAGCUACAUGCGUGUCUGAGGGCUGCAAUUCAAGCGUUGGCGGCCUAUUUGGAUGCAUUCCAAAAAAUUGCCGAUGCCGCCACCAACUCUCGAGGAGCCACCAAAGAAAUUGGAACGGCACUAACACGAGUCUGCCUUCGGCAUAAGGCGGUCGAGAGCCGGAUGAAAACCUUCACCACCGCCAUCAUGGAUUGUCUGGUGGUGCCGCUGCAGGAGAAACUGGAAGACUGGAAGAAACAAGUGAACAUUAUCGAUAAAGACCAUGCCAAAGAAUAUAAGCGUUGCCGGGCGGAGCUGAAGAAGCGCUCGAGCGAUACGCUCCGGCUGCAGAAGAAGGCAAAGAAGGGGGCCGCCGAUAAUCUGCAUGUGCUGGUCGAGUCCUCGAUGCUGGACGUGACGCAGAGGCGCUGUGAGCUGGAGGAGGUCGAGCGAAAGUCACUGCGGGCGAUCAUGGUCGAGGAGCGGCUCCGAUACUGCACCUUCGUCAACAUGCUGCAACCGGUGGUACACGAGGAGUGUGAGGUCAUGUCCGAGCUCGGUCACCUACAGGAAGCCAUGCAGCUGAUAGCGAUCGUCACGAAGGAUCCCGCCCAGCUCCCGCAAGCAUCGGAGGAGUUGAUCCUCGAGUCGAAGGCCAACAUUAGCCUUUAUCCGGAUUCGCCCGGUGGUUCCAACUCGCAGGGUGGCUGCUCGAACUCGCUCGGUUCACGCAAAAGCUCCGUCUGUUCGAUCAGCUCGAUUAACAGUAGCAGCAGUGGAUCCCCGGGCCAUCAUCAGUUCCAGCGAUCGCUAUCACAGUACUCCCCGGCGAUACGUUUGAAACCAGGCGAAUCGAGCGAUAGCGGCUUUUGCUCUUCACCAGCUUUAACUUCACAGGCCUCCACCUUAGCUAGUCAAUCACAUGCGGUAUCAACGUGGCCACCGCACACACAGGAUGCAACGUCAACAGUCGACCGUCCGCACACAAUUUCGUCCGCUUACGAAAAGGGUCAUCAGCGACCUGCCCUCACGGUGUACACCUUUCAAAGUCCGGAAACAAUCGCUGAGACGCAAAAAUCACCAGCCAACGUGGCCUGCAGACCACCACUCCCAGUGCGUUGUUCCUCACUGGAGAGACCACUCUCAACAACUUCCGUGAAAAAUGCCAACCCUAACGUGCCGCGUCAGUGUCCAUCUCCAAUUCCAGCGCACAUUACCAAAGAACACCCACAACUCCAGCCCACCUACGUCAAUAUGACGGAAUUGGCUUCGAUGGCUGCCUCUAAAACUACUAACAACAGCAACAAUGUUAACAACAACAACCACCACCAUACAGCAACCAGUGGCAACAAUGGCGGCGCUAGUAGCAACACACCCAGUAAUGUUCAGCAGACGGUGACAUCGGCGUCGGUCACAUCGGCAACGCUUCAGUCGCAUUCCCACGUCCUGUACCAGCAGCAGCAACCGAAUUCGCCCGUGCUCUCCUCGGCCUCUUCGUUGAUAUCGCCCGAUUCGAAUGCGACGAACGCAAUCAGCUCACCGGACGUAUCGGCGUGCAGUACGCAAACGCCCCAGAACACACCGCAGACGGGAUCACCCGGUACACCCAACUACAGCAGUAUCGGGGGUGCAAUUAAUCUAGGAUUCCGCAGCACCACACCAUCCUCUACGGGCGGCGGCACGACGGCCGUCACACCAAGCGAAAGUAAUAUUGACACUUCCUCCAACCACACGAUCACGAUCGAUGACAACGAGGAGCAUUUUAACACCAGCACCUCCGCGUCCGCAAACAUAACAUCUGCCACCAUCAGCACUUCCGAUACUACCACCAUCACCACCACUACCACCGCAACUAGCUCUACUAACAAACCAUCUCCUCCCCAAUGUUCCACCGUCGGCACCGUCGCCUCCGCCGCCGCUAGCACGCCCAGCACCGCGGGCGGCGCUGGCACACCGACGAAAAGCGUACUCGAUAAGGACAAAGAUAUACUCAAACGUACCGGUUCAGUUCUAGAGAAAACGUCGAUGUUCGAGCAGCAGAUCAACAACAACCAGCUGCACCAGCCGCCACCGCCCCAGCAGCAGCUUAGCGUACCGACAUCACCUGCCGCCCUGUCGACGCGUCACAACGACCCGAACGCACUGUACGGACGACGGACGAACGAAGAAAUCUACAAAUCCGCCGGUCAAUUGCUGCUGGAUCGCGAUGCAGACUGCAUCGACAAGCAAACGAUCGAAGAACUAAACAAUCUGAUUGGUGAAUUAGAUCUCUUUCAACGAGAGCACGAAAGCGCCCUGCUAGCUCAGCAGCAGCACCAUCCACACCAUCCACAGCACGCACGGCACCGGUUUUCGAACGGUGUCGCUUCCGAUGGGGGGACAACCGAUACCGACACGAUCUUAGCGAACGGCGUAAAUAACAACCACGGUGGGAGUGGUUUGAUGUCCCGCAACGAAGCUGGCAUCCGUCACGGUGGCCUGCUGGAUGCCGAGGACGGUCUGGAACAGCCCACCAGUACCGGCCGGUUACCGUCGUCGAUUUCUUCCAGCAACAGCAAUUUGGAUGAAUAUCUAAGCAACCAUCAGGCGGGUUCGGUCGACGAAACGAACGGUUCGAUGACGAAUCUCGCGGCAAAGUACAGUAACCACAGCAUUGUGACGGAUGGAAAUGAUUAUCCAAGCGCAGGCCACUACCACCGGACGACGUACGCCCAACCACCACACGGACAUUCAAUGUCACUCGCGCUGGGCUCUUCCGCCGGUGGUUCCACCCAAGGGCUGGAUGGUAUUGCCACCGGGUUCGAGAAUCCCUCGUUCAUGAUGGAGAACUACUACAGCCAGAACCGCAGCGAGGUGGUCGUGCUGCGGUGCAAAGACACUAGCCGUAAUAGUCUGAACAAUGCACCGGACGAUCUGCUUACCGGCAGCGGGCUGAUGCAGCUCAACGGUACACCGGUGGACAAUGGGCACCAGCAUCAGCAACAGCGAUUAAGCUCGUUCCGUGUGACCACCUCGCGACCCGCCUCGCCCGCCUCCAUGACGUCCUUCUUUGGCAUUAGCUCCCGCUCGCCAACCCCAUCCCUUUCGCUACCGGUCACGGCAAACUCCUCGCCGCAGCAUCAUGCCCACACCGGCAAUAGUAACGGGGGCGGUGACGUGAAUGACCCUCCGCUGGGGCCCAAUCACGCCAGCUCUGGGCACGCCCCGGCCCCACCGUACGACGAUCGUAUCAAUCGCAAUAAACCCGCCAUCACCCCGAGACCUGCAUCGUUAUCUGGACCAACCCGGGUCACCCGACGUGCGUCGAUUAAUACCGUCAAACCACCACCGCCUGUGCGGCGCAGCUCAAGCGUAACGCCUAGUCCUAGCGUAGGAACUAAUUCCACCACCACCACCACAAAUCUUGCCCAGCAAAGCCUAGCUUACACCUCAUCAGAAAGUUUACCACCACCACCUGCUUAUCUGUUAGAUUCGGCCGCCGGAAGUUCACCUAGUAUUUCAGGAAAUGUUGCGGGCACGGUAAAGGCUCUGAAUGAAAUAAGGCACACCCCGGCCAGUCCGGGCGUGCUACGAAGGGCUCAACAGCAAAGCAAUCCACCGUCCAACCAAGGAUCACCUACGCAAUACACCAAUCUGUACGGUACAUUACCCUCCACCAAGCAUGGUCACGAUCAUAGCAAUGUCACAGCAUCAUCAUCGUCUGCUGCGCCGACUACGCAGCAACCACACUAUCCUUCAUCUCAACUCCAUCACCCCAGCACACCAAACUCAUUCCAUUCAACUGAUAGUAACAAGCCGCUAUCGAAUCGAUCUCCGAAAACGAAUCUCCACCAACAAGGGGGAAUAUAUGCACAACCGAAACAACUCUCGACUAUGUCCAGCUUCCGUACCUCAAGCCCUGGUCCCCAGAAGCCAAAUAGUAGCUUCCUCGCACAAUUAAAUGCCAAGAUAGCACCGAACAAACCAUCACAAUCACCGUCACCUGUGCCCUAUCAACACCAGCAACAGCAGGCAAACAACUAUGGUUACACGACCGCACCAUCGGGUGGUAAUGAGUUGAUCUACCAACGAUCUACCCCGGUUGAUCCACGAGCAUACAACAAUAAUCAACAACACCUGCAACAGCAGCAGCAACUACAGCAGCAACAAUACUACCAAUCACAGCAACAGCAACCUCCGCCGCAUCCACCACGAGAGGGUAAACAUUCAAUCUAUUCCGCCUCUAAUCAAACCACUUCACAGCAACACUACCAGCAGCAACAGCAGCAGUACUAUCAGAAUCAGUAUCCAUCGCAGCAGCAGCAAACACACCAACAGCUGCAAUAUCAGCAGCAACAGCAAUCCUCGCCAUACUAUUAUCACCAGCAACAGCAGCAACAAGCGGCCCAGAAACAGUCACAGUACGGUCACGUGUUGCCGCCUACCGGGGCUGCCAGUAGUAGUAGUAGCAGUGGUGGUGGCGCUGGAAGUUCCAGUUACCCAACGCAAAACAUUUACGUCUCGACGAAUCCAUUCGUCAGUUCCGUCCAAACGUCGGCUGGUGGUGGUGGUGGUGCUCCAGUCGGUAGUUAUUCACCUUCGUCCUUUGGUAAAGGCACACGGCAUCACGACGAUGUGGUCAGUGGAGGUGGUGGUAGUGGCAGUAGUACCCCAAGCCGGACAAAUCACCACAGCCGUAAUAGUUCUGCAAACAAUAAUGGUGCCGCUGGCGGUGGACCUGCCUCAUCCGGCGGGACGCACAAUGUGCUGGCCAAAACUAGUGCCGGAUUUCUAGAAAACCUAAACGCACGUCUCGCCGAACAGCGACUCUCGGGCAAAGCAUUCGCCGUUCGUAAUCUUAUCAACAGUAAAGCUCUGCCGGAUCCCCGUGUCUGUCACGAAUCGCUCAUGGAUCAAAUCAAGCGUGGCGCAACGCUCAAACGCAAUCGUACGAUCAAUGAUCGUAGCGCACCGAAAAUCCAUUAG